AGUGAGACAUUGAGGCAGUGAGACAGCGGCUCGUGCAGCUCGGUUCUCACACGCCUCUCUCUCUCUGAGGGCGGGAGCCUCGCGCGCUGCUCUGCUGAGGACAGACCUGUUUGAGGCUUUCAACAGGAGCCACGGCUCUUUCCACGGGAGCCACGGCUCUUCCCGCGCGCGCUCUCGUCUUUGAGGAUUACACGGAGCCGCGGGGAGUGCGCAUCUACACAUCCAACAAGUGGAUCCGGGGGAUGCCCUGACGGAGGAGCCGAGGGGAAAUAAACGAGAGGCUGGUGAACGAUUCUGAGCCGUUUGGAGAGUCUGUGAGGCUCGAGUCUCCGCGCGCGUGUCUUUAGUUUCCAGAGACUUCAGUCUGUGAAGAUCCACGAUGAGGUAAAAUAAAAGAGACUUUUUAUCCCCGGAUCUGCUCUGUUGACUCGGGGCUUUGGGGCUGCGGAAACACCCCGUCCCCUGAUUCUGCCUCAUCCAUGAGCCGCUCUCCCGGAGCCCCAGAGCCGUGAGGUGGAGGCUCCUCUGUCCUGACUCUUCUGUAUGACGAGGUCUCCGGUGGAGCUCAAAGGUCGCAGCCAAAAUGCCGAUGCACCCAGUGACGUCCACGCUGAUGUACCGGGGGAUGUGCACCAUCCCUGACAUCCUGUCCUACAGCGCACCGGUCAAUCUCCCCGAGGACGAGGUGGAAGAGAUUCGUGAGGCGUUCAAAGUCUUCGAUCGGGAUGGGAACGGCUUCAUCUCGAAGCAGGAGCUGGGGAUGGCCAUGCGCUCGCUCGGGUACAUGCCCAACGAGGUGGAGCUGGAGGUCAUCAUCCAGAGACUGGACAUGGACGGUGACGGUCAGGUGGACUUUGAAGAGUUCGUGACCCUCCUGGGACCCAAGCUGACGGCCGGAGUGCCAGACAAGUUCAACGGCACCGACUUUGACUCCGUCUUCUGGAAGUGUGAUAUGCAGAAGCUGACGGUGGAGGAGCUGAAGAGGCUUUUGUACGACACCUUCUGCGACCAUCUCUCCAUGAAGGACAUCGAGAACAUCAUCAUGACGGAGGAGAACCACAUAGAGAACCCAGAGGACUGCCAGGUGGAUAUAGACAGUUCGAGCCCGACGCAGCAGGUGAAGCAAACCUGCGUCCGCAAGAGUCUCAUCUGCGCGUUCGCCAUCGCGUUCAUCAUCAGCGUCAUGCUCAUAGCGGCCAACCAGGUGCUGCGGAGCGGGAUGAAAUGAGGGCGGAUACUGUGCCCGCGGCCUCGGCCUCACCGCCUCCGAGGCCCCGGCGGACGAAUGACUGAAACAAACGAUCACAGCAGACAAUCACACGCAAAACAGAACUCGGGACUCAGUAAACGAGGACGCUGCUCGUUUAUCGACCAACGGAAACGCUUCAAAGACAUCAGGACCUCAUCGAGAGUGUAACAUGAUCGACUUAAACAUAUCAUUGUUAAUCGUAUGGAAUUCAGGCACCGUUUCCACCAAGUCGUGAUUUCUGUUUAUCGGUGAGUUUCAGACGACGUCGCAGAAUUCUAUCGUCCAAUUAUAUUUAAUAAACGUCAGGAGGGAAGUGAAAAUGCAGUUUUCUGUUGUAACGCAGUGAGUUCCGGGCUCGAAUCACUAAGAAAAAAGGUCGGGUUCGAUAUUUGUGCGUUUACGUUUUGAAUAUUUCAUGGAAAAGUACGAACCAAUACCAACAAAUGAGUCUUGUAUUAAAUGGACUGAAAUCCGUCUCUACUUUAAAGAAUUUUACCUUGGCGGACUUUAUUUUUGGGUCCACCUCAACUUGAACCAGACAAAACUUGAUACAGAAAUUAAAUAAAUGUGCAGAGAACUAAAAAUAUAAACUACAUAUUUAAAAAUGUGAUUGCAAAAAUAAAAUAAUAAUAAAAAAAUUAAUAAAAAAACACGCACGCACGCAUCCUAAAACCUAACCCUGUUUCAAAAAAGAUAAUUGAUACUUUCCAAAACCUUGUAAGUUUCAAUAUAUUUUAGUAUUAUUACAUCAUCAUUGUAACUUAAGGAUUUAUUUAUUUUUUUCAGCUUUUACCAACACCUUGCAGUACCAGUGCUUGCCUGUUGGCGGCGUGUACAUCUUCACUGCGCUGGUCGAUCUUCCGCGCACCAAAACACUGAGACACGGGGUGGAUUUUUAUUUAAAUUUGUCGCGGUUCUGUAAUGUUCUUUAAGUUUCAGACACAAACGCGUCGACUCUUAACUUAACACUGUGAUGGACAAACUAAUCGUAAAGAACAAGCUGAUUUGUUCUUCAACACGUGCGUUUUCUUCAUUAUCACGUAGAUAACCUUCGUUUUUACCGCGCGGUUUAGCCCGUACGUACGUGUUGAGUACUAAAAAGUUUUGCGGAUCGAGAGAAUCUGCUUGGUGGAAACGUUCUUUAGUAUUCCGUGUGCGUCUUUGAGCAGCGCCGCCGUACGACACAGAGGCAGCUAUUAGAAGAAAAAGUGAUGUGCCUGUGCCGUUUUGUACGUGCGCCAUGUGGUUAUUCUGCAAUGAAAAGAACGCUGUGAAAUGUAUCGAUAC